CGGCUGAUAAAGGGGGACACCCCCUUCCCCACGCUGACGUCCCUCGCUUAAAAAGGAGGGAAAGAAGAGAGGAAAAAAAAAUUAAAACCCACCCAAACCCUCUCUAAAUUUGAGAUCCGGUGAAGGCGGGCGGCACCGUCUGGAAAAUGCAUCUCCCUCAGAGCUGCAUCGUCCUCUUCAUCCAGGGGAGCAUCUCUCUGCUGGUGAUCCGUGGCCAAGAACCAGGGAAAGGUGCAGAGCAACAUGAAUCCAACACCCAGGAGAGCGCUCAAGUGCAGAAGGCGAGAGGGCUGCUCUCUUCAAAAUCCCUGUUAACUCCAACCUUACUGCAGAACAUGACCCUCCUGGAGCUGGUGAGCAGUUCACGAGAAUUAUGGGAUAUCCUGGAUAACUUGUCUGAGCGGAACCAUGCACCACACCCCAGAGGACAGAGGGACUUGGGGCCAGCCUCAGGCAAGCUUAAAAAAAUUUUUGGUUGGGGAGAUUUCUAUUCUAAUAUCAAGACAGUGAAGUUGAACCUCUUGAUCACUGGAAAGGUGGUUGAUCACGGCAAUGGCACAGUCAACGUCUUCUUCCGACACAACUCUACCGGGCAAGGGAACAUCUCCGUCAGCCUCGUCCCUCCCACCAAGGCAGUCGAGUUUGACCUGGAGCAACAGAUCUUCAUAGAGGCCAAAGAAUCCAAAAUCUUCAACUGCCGUGUGGAGUACGAGAAAGUGGAUCGUGCCAAGAAGACCACACUCUGCACUUAUGACCCAUCUAAGACCUGCUACCACGAGCAUACCCAAAGUCAUGUCUCUUGGGUCUGCUCAAAGCCCUUCAAAGUCAUCUGCAUCUACAUCACCUUCUACAGCAUAGACUACAGGCUGGUGCAGAAAGUGUGUCCCGACUACAACUAUCAUAGUGAUGUACCCUACUACCCGUCAGGAUGA